AUGGCAUUCAGGCUUCCACUCCUUGGGUUGAUUGCUCUCUCUCUUUUCGGCAUCCUGAGCCAAGGACUACCUAGUGUUUCUCUUCAACCUCGCGGGAAAGCCCAAAUUGUUAUCGACCUUUUGAAGAUUUUCGGACUUGUCACCGAAGAGACAGAUGCAUGGGACUAUGAUGAGAAUCCAGACAUGUGCUUGGUAUAUAUGACAACCGAAGAUGGUGGCAACUGCGAAGUGACAGUCGAAUGCAAGGACACAGAAAAGCAUGUCAUCGAGAAUCCCGAAUGGAGCCUGUGCUAUGUUGGAGGUCGCAACUGCUUUCAGGACGACAACAUUGGCGAAUUCUGCGUCAUUUUUACCAAGAAGGAUGGAAGAGAAGGCGAGGGGCUGACCGAGCCAACCUUGGAAGUCCCUUCAGUUGAGGGAGUAAUUCCGGUUAGCGAGCUUGCCGAGGAUUGGUAUUAUUCUGAAGACCAGAAUUGCCCCAGCUCCGGCGGUCAGGCAUGCGCCGAGGGUCCAUUUGUCUGUUAUUUAGGGGAUAGUGGUGGCCGAAAGAAGCGUUGGGGUUGUGGUGUCCCGAAAAAGGAUGCUGAUUUUCCGGAGGGGAUCAAGUAUGAGGAUCUUCUCGACCAAAUCGAUUAG